AUGGCAUACAACUCCGAUGUAGACGAAUUUCAAGCCACUGAAUACCCCAUGCUUGAAGGAAAAACAUAUCUUGACCAUGGAGGAGCAACUAUUUACGCCAAGUCUCUCAUCGAAACAGUUUCUGCAGAUCUUAUAUCCAACCUAUACGGCAAUCCCCAUUCAGCUUCGGACCCCGCAAUGCUAUCAGGACAGCUCGUUGACGAAACAAGAGAGAAAACACUUCGGUUCUUCGGCGCCGAUCCAGAACACUUUGAUCUGAUCUUCGUUGCGAACGCUACAGCCGCUAUCAAACUAGUCAUGGAAUCAUUCAAAGACAUAGGCAAUGCUGCCAAAGCAGAUGACGCAUCAUCGGAUGGAGCUUUUCGAUAUUUCUACCACGUUGACUGUCACAACAGCGUCAUAGGUGUGAGGGAAACAACGGACAACAAUUUCCAUUGCUUUCCCUCUGAUGCAGAGGUUGAAGAGUGGGUUGAUGGACGAGGGAAGCAAGCUCGAAGAAACAGACUAGGUCUCUUUGCUUAUCCUGGACAAUCGAAUAUGACUGGUCGAAGACUUCCACUCAGCUGGCCUGGGAGGUUAAGACGAUCGACACAUGAUGCUCAUCAAGAUACGUUCACACUGUUCGAUGCUGCGGCACUGGCUACUACAGCUCCUUUGAACAAUGUUUUUGCGGAUCCGGACUCAGCCCCUGACUUUACCGCUCUAUCCUUUUACAAAAUCUUCGGAUAUCCUGACCUCGGUGGUCUAAUCGUUCGCAAGUCAUCGGGCAAUAUUCUUCGUUGGGGACGGAAUUAUUUCGGUGGUGGUACUGUAGAGGUCGUAGUGGUCAUGGGGAACAAACCUUGGUACGAGGGAAGAAAAACUCUACAUUCUAGUCUGGAGGAUGGGACCUUACCGUUUCACUCAAUCAUCGCUCUCAACGCAGAAAUCGAUACGCACGACCGCCUUUACGGACCGGAACCAAUGAAGAGGAUAUCCAAGCACGCAACAUUUCUUGGGAAGAAACUCUACGACGCCAUGUCGAGUCUUGUGUAUUCGACUGGCGUACCGGUUGUCAAGAUUUACAACGACAAUCCCGAGUUCCUUUAUGGCAACCCAUCACUUCAAGGCGCGACGGUCGCAUUCAAUGUCCGUACUCCACAGGGGGCCUAUAUCCCAUACACCAGUGUCGUCGAAUCACUGGCAAACGAGAAGAAGAUCUUUGUCCGAGCAGGAACUCUUUGCAAUCCAGGUGGGAUCGCAACAUAUCUGGGUUACGAUCCAAUUCAUAUCAAAAAAUUAUGGGAAGACGGUCAUCGCUGCAGCUCCGCAGCAACAACUUGCUCAGAGGUUCUUGGCAACAGACCAACUGGAGUGGUCCGUGUGUCAUUGGGAGCCAUGACCACGAUGGCAAAUGUGGAUAGAUUCAUUGACUUCUUGAAAGAAGAGUUCAUGAGUGGAGCUCUUGGGACUUAUGACCGAAACAGAAGCUUUCCUCCAAGUUAUGUCAGCGACUCCCGGCCCGCUACAAGGACGCCUUCUGUCGACACAACCGCUACGAACUACGAAUCGUACCGUCCAACGGCUCCUUCGAGAAGAGCACCUAUCCCCAUCCCUACAGCGCAACAGACAGAGGCUAUCAGAGCGGAUUUCGAGUCGAUAUUGAGUUUCCAGCAGACGGUCGAGCCGGAGGUCUUCGAGGUUGAGACUGAGAAGAAGGGAUUGAAGAAUUUAUGGAAGAGUAAGACGAGGAAGCAUAGUUCUGUCAGCGUCGGUGCUUAA